AUGUCAAAAAAUUAUAGAAUUUCAACUAAUUAAGUUCAAGUUAGGCAUGACUUGCAUAAAAAAAUUAUUAAGUAUUUAGCACCUCUUCCAGACUAAAGAGCGUUCAUUAUAUAUACUAGUCAAGAGUAAAAUGAAGAUGAUACAUACAUAAUUUGCAAUUUGCUUAAUGGCCAAAUAAAAUAUGGCCCUUUGUUUUCAAAAGCAGAAAAAAUAGAAAACAUUAAUGAUGAUUUGAUAGUAUUUGUAGACUCAAAGAAGCAAAAACUAUAAGUCUUUAGCAUAAAUAAAUAGGAUUUCAUUAAAUUUAAUGACGUUGCCGUUCCAUCCUUAGAUGCACUCCCUUAAAAUUAAAGAACUUAAGAACAAAUUGGGGAUGCUAUUACUGAUCUUACUAUUAUUCGCUUUUCUGAGUCUAAGUCUAUCGUAGUAAUAGAAAAGAAAUAAGCAACAAAUUAAAAUUAGGUUGAAUUCAUAAUGUCUGCAUAUUGCUUUGAUGAAGAUUUCUUAGAAUCUAAAAAUGGUAUAUGUUAAGUAACUAAUCCAAUUAAAUUUAGCUAGUAAAAUCUUUAAAAAGUUUAUGGUUAGUUAAAUAACACUGAUACUGUGAUAAUAUCAUCUUAAUAAUUCUAAGAAGGCACUUAAUCAAAGUUUUUGAUGUGGAAUUUCAAAGACAAAGUUUUAUCAAAUCAAUUACAACACAUAUCACUUAAUUCAACCCUAGAAGGUACUAUAAUAAAUAUAACUCCUUGGUAAAAACCAAGUGAAAUAGCAUUUUGGUUAAAUGGAAAGCCUGGAAAACCUUAAAUAAUAGUAUACGAUUAUAUUUCAAAAACUGACUAUGAAUAUACUCUUAAAGUGUAUACUAAUUUAUUUUUGUUAGUGAAUGUUUACGAAGUUAAUUUUGAAAAAGAAAGAAUUAUAUUGAACAUAAUUCCUGAAACACAAAAUUCAUGUAUUGAUAUUAUAAAUCCUAUCAAAAAUAGAAUUACUUACACAUAAGACAUUGAUAAUACACAGGAUACAAUAUAGUUUUCAUCAGAUUGUCGCUAUUUUAUAACAAAUGAAAAUAAUUAUGAUGUGAUGGGUGAAGAUUGCAGUGAUUCUAGAGAAAGUCUUUUGACAAUCCAUUCGGUUAUAGGAAUAAAAACAUCUCUCAUGAACUUUUUGCUAAUGAAAAAUAUUGUUAACAUUUACGGAGAAGAAGCUUCCAAAUCCAUCAUUGAUUUACUUACAGAUGAAGAUAAUGAAACAAGUAAUAAAUGA